CUAAUCUAAAAUUAAAGAAGUAAAAACUGCAGUUAAAAGAGGGACUAUAGGCCGGAUCUAUGGGAUUGAACUUAAUAAUGCAUUGCAAUAGCUGACAACCUACAUGUAUUUUAACUAUGGUUUUGCGAUUUGUUCCAGGCUCUUCCUAGCUGCAUUGCACUUCAACGAGAAUUCCAAACGUGCCCAAGCAGCGAACAAAGAUGGGACUAAGCGAUGGUCAGUCUCCUAUCCGAAGGCAAAGGAGGGUGAACCUGUGGCAAGGGAAGUGAAAGUACCAGUGACUUAUGGUGUGCGCCUUGAAUGGAAUAGGCAUGCAUUGUCUAUGUUUAUGGGUAAAUUCCAACAAAAAGUAUGAGACAAAUGGCCAUUUUGCAUUUGACCCUGUCAUCACAGAAAUGAUGAAGUCCGCGAAUGGAAAGUUAAUGACCCAGAUGUUUUGCUCUUUCUAUAAGGAAACUAAAGAGGUAACGAGUGAUACAGAUGCCUGUACCGCGCCCCCUGUUACAGAGGAGAACACACCCACAUAUGCCACAGAUCGAAGAGGAAAUUCAGGCAUUGGAAGUCUUAUACAAGAAGGGUACACUGAGGAAGAAGCAGUUCUUAUUGCUUCACUGGAAGAGCACAGUACAGAGAUGGAUGCGGAAGAUGCUGGAAUGGCAUUUAUGCUUCAAGCCAUUAGUAAGAGGAAGCACGAGGGUAAAAUUCAGUAUCUUGUGCAAUGGUCCAAUGGGGAAUUGGAAUUUACCCAUAAACAUAGACAAUGCAUGCCUAUUCCAUUCAAGGCGCACACCUAG